AUGGAAGGAAGAAAUGUCAAACCAAGUUGUUUACUGAAGGUGGAUAUGCAGAAGGCAUAUGAUACUGUUAACUGGAGUUUUCUUCAGGAAAUGCUGGAGCAAUUGGGGUUUCCUCAAAAGUUUGUUCAUCUGGUAAUGGAGUGUGUUACUACCCCUAAAUUUUCCUUAAUGAUCAAUGGCUCUAUGCAUGGCUUUUUCAAAUCCAGUAGGGGGUUGAGACAGGAUGACUUGAUCCUAUGUUGCAAAGGAGAUUAUCCUUCUAUCUAUCUCUUGCUGCAAGCUUUUAGGCUGUUUUCUGAUUCCUCUGGUUUGGUUUCCAAUAAGCAGAAAUCUUCAAUUUUUUGUCAUGGCAUCCAGGACAGGGAUGUAACUAGAGUGGUGGAAGCUUCUGGUUUUGCCAGGAGUUCCUUGCCAUUCAAAUACCUUGGUGUUCCCAUUUGUUCCAAAAGAAUCACAGCUGCUCAAUGUGGUGUGUUAGUAGACAAGAUGAUAGCAAGAAUUAGUGUGGAGCACUAG